UCUUUCAGGAACCAGAGGCAUUUUCAGCAACCAGGACUCCAAGGAUGUGAUGUCUACACCACCUAAUAACUGUACCUAGUAGGGAUAUCGAAUAGGUCUGAGAGUGCUGUUAAGUUUCUCAGGACACAAUCAUCUCUGCGGAUGCAAUUGCAGAACAGGAAACAGACUCAGGGAGAAUUUUAGCCCCCCCAAUUCUCAUUGGCUAGCUGCACUAGCCAAGCCACAACAAUCACUCCUGCAACACAACCGAUCCCUUUCAGUACUCGCAGCCGUGGACAGCUCCCAUACCUCUCGGUCGGUUCCUCCGCAGUGAGCCGACUCGCGUUCAGCCUGCACGGGUCGGUGCGGCACCCGCCACCAAGUCUUCGGCAGCGCGCAGAGAACACGCGCUUCCCCCCGCCUCCCUCUAGGUGCCCCCGCCCCUCGCUCACCCCGGCUCACUCCAGCGGCGACUUUGAGGGAUUCCCUCUCAGGCGGCUUCUGCAGCAGCACAUCUGGCCUCAUUCUCUGCACGGCGAGCAUGGAUCUCCGAGGAAGAGCCUUUUCCAGCGUCUGUAGACUUCGAGUUCUCCUGAUGCUGUUCCAUACAACGGCUGGAAUCAUGGCAGAACAAGAAGUGGAAAAUCUCUCAGGCCUUUCCACUAACCCUGAAAAAGAUAUAUUUGUGGUGCGGGAAAAUGGGACGACGUGUCUCAUGGCCGAGUUCGCAGCCAAAUUUAUUGUCCCUUAUGAUGUGUGGGCCAGCAAUUAUGUCGAUCUGAUCACGGAACAGGCCGACAUCUCCCUGACCCGAGGAGCUGAGGUGAAGGGCCGCUGUGGCCACAACGAGUCGGAGCUGCAGGUGUUCUGGGUGGAUCGCGCGUAUGCGCUCAAAAUGCUGUUUGUAAAGGAAAGUCAUAAUGCGUCCAAAGGACCCGAGGCGACGUGGAGGUUGAGCAAGGUCCAGUUUGUCUAUGACUCCUUAGAGAAGACCCAUUUUAAAGACGCAGUCAGUGCUGGGAAGCACACGGCCAACUCACAUCACCUCUCUGCCUUGGUCACCCCAGCUGGGAAGUCCUACCAGUGUCAAGCUCAGCAGACCAUUUCACUAGCCUCCAGCGAUCCACAGAAGACAGUUACCAUGAUUCUGUCUGCGGUACACAUCCAGCCUUUUGACAUCAUCUCUGAUUUUGUCUUCAGUGAAGAACAUAAGUGUCCGGUGGAUGAGCGGGAGCAGUUGGAGGAAACCUUGCCCCUGAUUUUGGGGCUCAUCCUAGGCCUCGUCAUUGUGGUAACACUGGCGAUUUACCACAUCCACCACAAAAUGACUGCCAACCAGGUGCAGAUCCCUAGGGACCAAUCCCAAUAUAAGCACAUGGGCUAGGGGCCAUUAGGCAGGCAGCCCCCAAAUCCCCCUAUCCCGGCUGGGUCAGGUAGAGAAACAAAAGCACUUUUCCACCUUGUACAUGGGAUACACCAACAUAGCUACAAUGCAACAGGCUUGGGUGUCCAAGGCUUGCUUGGCCUGCGUCCAUGCUUAAACCCAGGGAUGGGCGGGGGGGAUUCUUUUGGAUUCAUGGGGUAAGUGGCAGACAUUCUCUCCACUCUGGGGAACGAGGAGGGAGGGGUCAGCCAGGCUUCAUGCUCAUGGUGGCUUGGCUUUGACUCUCCAAGGAGCAACACAUACAACUCAGAGGAGUAUCUGGCUCGAAGUUUAGGGAUUGAAAGACACUUCUUUUGGAAAGACACCCCUUUGGGUUCAGAGAAAUGGGGGGUGCUUCGCUCCCUUGGCCUACCUUAUACAGUUGUCAAUGCACACAAAAUACAGCAUCAUGCUCCCUACAGCAAGACCCCUGAAAGUGAUCCUUGCUUCUGGCUGGCAUUCUGCAUGUCUAGUGAUUGUCUUGGGAAUGUUUCACUGCUACCUGCACCCAGUGACUUUGCAGCACAAGAACCUGUUUAAUGUAACUAUGCAGAGCUGUUCGGACUUCAUAAAGUGUCAGGUCCAAGUAGGGGACCUGAAGAAUCAAUCAUGUGAGUUUGUUUUUCAAAAUGAAUUAAAACACACUACUGUCUAACAUUUGGCUGCUUUCUUGAAACAAGAAAACAAAACUAAAAUGGUUUCUUUGGCAUUCAGAAAAGAGAGAGGGAUGUUGAAGAUGGGCUUUCAUUUCUGUAAGAUGAGAGCAAAGAAAGGGCAGGGAAGCUGAAAGAUGGAGGUUGGUUUUUCCAGGUGAACAAACAUGGAAUUAUUUUGACAAAGAUAGUUUUAAUAAUGGUGCCUUUUGAGUAAUUGGUCUACUAUUGUUUUUGAUGUUUCCUGGUCUUGAAUUUGGCUUUUAACUUCAGAUUAAAAAGCUGGUCUGAACAUGGUAGCCUAGGAUGAUUUGUAUUUGAAGUAAAAUAUAAUUUGCUGAAACUUUCUAGAGAAAUGGACAUAGUUUGAAUUUCACUCACUUUCUAAAUAAGCAUUUUUUGAAAAAUCUGAGCAAGGGUACGAGAAAUUCUUUUCUCCGGUGUUAGGUGGGAAUCUCUCCAUAACCCAUACAAUCUCCAUCGUAUGAGAGCAACUCAUGUGUUCAUCUCCCCAAGUCUUCAACUGCUAAAAGUAGCGUAUCCUUGGAAGUCCAUUAUCCCAGCAAAUCUUGAUAAAUAUCAGUCAAUUGCUGUUUCAUUACUUGUUUGUUUGCUGCUCUGUCAAUAUGCUAGUUUCUUCCCCUGCACUCUCUCUCUUCAGUGCUCAGUUCCAGUGAGGAAGAAGCCCUGGUUCCUCAUAACAGUUGGACAUUGCACAAGGAAAAGGAGAUACCUUCUAUCAUCUGCCAUCUUGUCACUCCGUGCCCCGAACUUGACAUUGCCCUUUCCUUUUUAGCAUCUCAUGUAUUUUUUAAAAACUUCCCAUUUAUUUGGAGCCACCCAAAAAUCUGGGGAGAAAUGGUCACUUAGAUGUAUCAGUGAGUUACCCUUGCACUCUGUAACCCCUUCAGAAAAAAAAAAUUUAGACCUGACUCACA